UGGAAGUGCAAGCAAACCCGCGAUUGUGGCCUGGACCGUGGUCAUGACAUCUCUGGCCACGGUCGCGGUAGUUCUCCGCCUUUACGCUCGAUUUAUCGUCUCGAGAACUGCUGGCCGAGACGAUGCCUGCAUAUUUGGAUCAGUGUCCUUUGCGUGGGCUACGACAGCGACUAUGAUCGCACAGGUGAAGACCGGCCUCGGCAGCCACGAAUGGACACUAGGACCUCACGAGGCCAUGUUGAACCUCAGAGCGUACUGGCUGAUGAUCAUCGUAUACAACUGCUCGCUAUUCUGCACCAAGUUUUCGAUCAUGUUCCAGUACCUUCGCAUGUUUCCGCAAAGGGGUAUCCGCAUCGCCACAUACACACUCAUGGCAAUUGUCUCAUGCUAUGCGAUAUGGAGAAUCAUAUCAGCUAUACUCACCUGCACUCCGCCGGCAGCAUUCUGGGACCACUCUAUCAAGCACAAAACAUGUCAAGACAGACUGGCACUUUCACUUGCGAGUACGUCACUCAACAUGAUCACCGACAUCUUGAUCACUGUACUGCCAUUGCCAUUCCUCAACAAGCUUCAAUUGCCUCGGCGCCAGAAGUGGGCCCUGGUCGGAGUCUUUGCGAUCGGAGGACUGGUCGUUAUUGUGUCUAUCUUACGACUGCCAUCUCUGUACCACUUGAUGUCGUCCAAAGAUAUCACUUACGAGAAUGCUAUGGCAUGCAUCUGGUCAUCUAUUGAGAUGAAUACCGGCAUCAUCUGCUCAUGCCUCCCGACCCUCCGCUGUCUCUUCCCUACAUGGCUCAAAGGCGCAUCGAAAUACGGCACGCACUCCAGUUCUGGCCCUUCAUUCGUCAAACCCGACGCACCAAACACGUCAGACGGCUGGACGCCCGAAAGUACACAUUCGCGGUCGAAGAGUCGCUGUUACACGCAUGUUACGAGCCAAAGCGCCAGUUUCAAAACCCAUAAAGCAAAGAGGUCCUGGACAGGCCGGCAGGAUAUGCUACUGGAGAGCUCAGAAGAUAUUGAGCUGGGGCCGCGCUUGAACAAGUCGAGUUCGGAGGAGCGGCAGGUGAGUGAUGGGCAUAUCCAUGUGCAGACGGAUAUCGAGCAGGAAAGUGUGCUACGAAUUGACGACGAGAGUCCUGUGCUGGUUGCGAAAGAGCAGAUUACGCAGAAUAGAGGUAUGGUGUAA